GUCUCCCUUCGCAGAACACCGCCAGCCUCGCCCUCUCUUGACCUUCAAGUUUCUGGCAGACCGAGAAAUUUAAAUAAGGUGGUGGUUUUCGAUCAUCAUGGAAGCUAAAUUCUUUCGGUUUCUUAAAAUUGUCGGAGUUGGUUACAAAGCCCGAGCUGAAGCUGAGGGAAGACUCCUAUUUCUGAAACUAGGAUACAGUCAUGAGGUCGAACUUACUGUUCCUCCUGCUGUUCGUGUUUUCUGCUUCAAAAACAAUGUUGUUUGCUGCACCGGACUCGACAAGCAGAGGGUGCAUCAGUUUGCCGCUACGGUUCGAAGUUGCAAGCCUCCAGAAGUUUACAAAGGCAAAGGUAUAAUGUACAUUGACGAAGUUAUCAAGAAGAAACAAGGUAAAAAAUCAAAAUGAUUUGUUGGAAGUGCUUGGUUUUACUUGGUGGAAUUGCAUUGUUUAACUUGGAAACUUGGUUGAAUAUCUGAACAAAAUGUAGUAGGCAUGUUGGAAUCCUUGGCAUCUAUGCAACAAUUUUUAGGGGUUUUCAAUAAAGCACUUUGUUUUGAUGUGUU